AUGUUGAUACCUCGAAAAGCUUUAGAGGAGUGUAUUUGGUGGAGAAAGAACGUCAAAGAAUCAGAUGCAAUAUUUAUAAAACACCCUACAACUUUGAUAACGACAGAUGCUUCAGAUACGGGAUGGGGAGCACAAAUCAGAGACACAUGCAUUUCCGGGCCUUGGAGAAAAUCCCAAAGGUAUUGGCAUGUCAAUAUGAAGGAGUUGUACACGAUUUGGAUAGUUCUCAACAGAUUCAAAGACGAAUUAAAAGGUAAAACGGUUAUGAUCCAAUCGGACAACAAGACUGUUGUGGCCCAUAUCAGAAAACAAGGAGGUACAAAAUCUCUUAUAUUAUUAGAAGCAACAAAAAAGUUGCUGAUAAUGGCGAGAGAAUUCAGAAUUCUGAUCCAUCCGUUCUACAUACUUGGAAGAUACGAUUGUAUUGCUGACCGCCUUUUCAUAAAUCUACCAAUGCCCGAUUGGCAUGUAUUGUCCAGUAUAACAGAAAUCAUUUUCGAGAAAUGGGGAAUUCCAGAAAUAGACUUGUUUACGACAAAUCAAUCAGCAGUAGUACCGAAUUAUGCGUCACUAAAUCCAAAAGACAGCAGAGCUGUGUUCCACAGUGCGUUCAGUCAGACCUGGACAUACCACCUGGCAUGGGUCUUUCCUCCUCCAACUUUAAUUCCAAGACUUCUACAGCACCUGAACCAUGCCACGGGAACGUACCUAUUAGUAGCUCCGAGAUGGGAAAAAGUGUAUUGGCGUGGUGAUCUCAGGAUCAGAACAAAGGAUCAACCAUUCAUGAUAAAGAAUCUUGGAGAUCACCGGAUAGACGGCCAACAAGCCUCCUCCAUACAUUAG